AUGCAAGACGCAGAUGAAACCAAACAAGAGAGCAGAAGACCAGAAAGUUCUCGUCACAGUGAAAGAGGCAAACAAAGAAAGUCUAGCAGUCGUCGCCUUCCCUCUGAUCGAGAUGAGACAAAGCCCAGUCGUCGCCGUUCCUCUGAUCGCGAUGAGGCAAAGACCAGUCGUCGCCGUUCCUCUGAUCGAAAGGAGGUAAAGCCGAGUCGUCGCCGUUCUGCCGAUCGAGAUGAGACAAAGCCGAGCCGUCGCCCUUCCGCUGAUCGAGAUGAGGCUGAUCAAGAGAGAAAAGGGCGAGAGGUGUCUCGUGACGUUGUCGAAGCAAACAAAGAAAGUAAAUCCUCCUCUCGAGAAAAGGCUGAUCGUGAGGCCAAAAGUAGAGCUCGCAAGCCCUCGUCCACUGCUUCUAAAUCUCCUUCCAAAUCUCGCGAGCAGAUGGACCGAGAUACCAAACGCGAAGCCAAAGCUUCGAGAAGCCGGUCGGUAGAUUCUAACGAGUCGCUGUCAGAAUCAGCAAGAGACCGGGACAGCAAGGCAAAAUAUCGUGUUCGGCCCAACACAAAAGCAUCUGCCCCCGGUGUCGUCCAAGAAUACAACAACGACGAAGGCGACCGGAGCAGACGAAACAAGGAGAGUUGCUCGUCGUCGAGGCACACGAGAGCUGGAGCGGUUCCAUCAUCUUCGUCGGCGUCAAGGAGAAUGCGAGAGAAAAUGGAUUCUGACUCGAAACCAAAAGAACCAGAGAUUUCGCUCAAGCCGGAACCUGAAACGACUACUCUGGCAGGUAGCCUAGUAGAAGGCGACGAUGCAAUCGUUGCUACGGCAGUCGACGAAGAAGAAGUAGUUCAAUCUAAGGAAGCACCGCCAAUAGUACCACCAACAACAAGACCAGAAGAGGAACCCAUCAUGACUAGUCCACCAACCAAACCGUUCUAUUGCAAGGGUGCAUUCUGGAUUGCAGUUCUGUUCAUACUUGCAGGUGCCGGAGUGGGCAUCUUCUUUGCGACACAGUCGAAAAAUGAGACUGCGAUACCUGCCAACGGUGUAGCAGUUGGGCCAACUCCAGAAGAAACGAAGACACCAACAACAUCUCCUUCAUUUCUUCCAUCCGCAUUUCCGUCUAGCUCGCCAACAGAAACCUUGAUAUACGAACCUCCGUCUGAAGAAGACUGUGUUGCGGUGUCGAAUGGAGAUGACUUGGUUGGUCAAGAGGACCUCAACUUGCAGACUUUUAAUAUCCCAAUGGAUGUGGUGCUCUCCACUCCCGUGGACUCCGAGAUUGUGCGUGGUGCACUGCAAGAGAAAAUGCAAGAAAUGCUCAUGCCCGAACUGAUUGGCUGCGCUUCCGCCAGUCGUCGUGUACGAGGACGCCAGCUAGUGUCUUCCCCUUACACAGUUGCAAAUGGCAAAGUUCUGGUACAGAGCAGACCAGACACACCUUGCACCAGAAACACUGAGUCGAACUGUGUCCACGUAUCGGUAGAACUUGACACGUACGUCCGGGGGUCAGAGCGACCUUUUGAUUUGGUCAGUCUAAUCCUUCAAGUCUUGGGACCAGAAGAUCUCUUGACAAGCAAGUUGUCACUGCAACCGCCUUUUGUGCAGAUAUUUAUUGUGACGGUUGCCUCUGGAACCAUUACGUUGGCGCCAAGCUCGAUUCCUACGGUGAUGUUCAGCGAGAAUCCGACCUUGUUUCCCACGGAAUCUCCAUCAACAGAUCCAACCACUGCCCCAGUGACCUUUCCCACCACUGAGGAACCAACUGGAUCGCCGACAGUUGCACCAAUUGUACUAGCAACGCCAGAACCAACUAUUCUGCCGACUCCUGUGCCCACGACUCCCAGUCCAUCGUUUGCUCCGGUUGUAGACGCAACGCCACUUCCAACACCAACACCCACUUUUGGCCCAACAGAAGGGCCAACACCAAGCCCAUCCAAGACGUCUUCUGUAUCACCUUCCAUUGCGCAAUCAGGAAUGCCAUCCUCAAGUCCAUCUAUAGCUCUAUCUACAGCUCCAUCUACAACUCCGCCAACCUUUGGGCCGACCAGUGAACCCACGGAGGUUGCAUCGAAUGGUCCUACUUUGGCACCCAGUUCCAAUCCGUCCGUCAACGAACCAUUUGGAAACCAAUUCACUUCUUCCACCUAUGUUUUGUACCACACGAACGAUUUCUCCGACCCCUAUGAAUUUGACACCCGCGAAGCUGCCGCAGCAGGCUGUGCCGCGAUUGGACUGGAUCUUUGCCCAAAGAUCGCCAUUGAAAAUGGCGACAUUUGCGCUGCAGGGUGGAUGACGGAUGCAGUAGGAUAUUGGAUUUCCAACCCUAGACCAGGGUGCCGUACUACUCCCGGCUUUGCAGAGUGGGUGGACCGCGAGUUUGCCGGCGCGUACUGCUGCGGGCGACCGUUGUACUUGCCUCGAGAUUUCUCGUACAUUUACGAUACACGGGAAGAGGCUAGAGCUGCUUGUGCAGAAGAAGGAUUGGUCCUUUGUACGCCUCAACAAAUUGUCGGAGGAAGUACUUGCGCAUUUGGCUGGUUAGACACACUUUGGGGGCUGUACAAUGAUGGUACCGUCCCAAGUGGUUGUGGAUCAUCUCUCGGUUUGAAUGUGUGGGACAAUGAUGGAACAGCAGGUGCCUAUUGCUGCGCUUCCAAUGAGUAG